AAUCGAAGAAGAAGGGGAGCGGAUGUUACGUCGCAUGCUGUCAUGGCGUCUCACAUGUAAUUGUCCGAGUUUCAGAAAUUUAAUAAAACAUAUUAUUAGGAGUUUUAAAGGUUAAAGUGAGGUAAUCUAACUGGCCAAGAAAAUGAGCACUCAAUACAGCAUUCUUUUUAAGCAAGAACACGCACACGAUGAUGCUAUCUGGACAGCGGCGUGGGGUAAAAGUGAGUCGGACGGGUCAGAAACUAUCGUCACCGGCUCACUAGAUGAUCUGGUGAAAGUCUGGAAAUGGUCGGACGAGAAGCUGGAGCUGCAGUGGACUCUGGAGGGCCACCAGCUGGGCGUGGUGUCAGUGGACAUCAGUCACAACGGAGCCAUCGCUGCCUCCAGCUCCCUCGACGCUCACAUCCGUAUCUGGGACCUGGAUUCUGGGAAACAGAUCCGGUCCAUGGACGCCGGACCAGUUGACUCCUGGUCGGUCGCCUUCUCCCCGGACUCCAAACACAUCGCCACGGGGAGCCACCAUGGCAAGGUCAACAUCUUCGGUGUGGAGAGCGGCAAGAAGGAAUAUUCUCUGGACACUCGAGGGAAAUUCAUCUUGAGCAUAGCAUACAGCCCUGAUGGAAAAUAUCUGGCCAGCGGAGCCAUCGAUGGGAUCAUCAACAUCUUCGACAUCGCCACUGGAAAGCUACUCCACACACUGGAAGGGCACGCCAUGCCCAUCAGAUCCCUCACUUUCUCCCCCGACUCCCAGCUCCUGGUCACAGCCUCCGACGACGGCUACAUCAAAAUAUACGACGUGCAACAUGCCAACCUGGCCGGCACGCUGAGCGGACACGGAUCCUGGGUUCUUAAUGUCUCCUUCUCCCCGGACAACACACACUUUGUCUCAAGCUCGUCUGACAAGAGUGUGAAGGUUUGGGACGCCGGCUCCAGGGCAUGCAUCAACACUUUCUUCGACCAUCAAGACCAGGUGUGGAGCGUAAAGUACAACAGCAAAGGCUCAAAGAUCAUCUCGGCCGGAGACGACCGCUCCAUCCACAUCUACGACUGUCCCAUGUGAUGGGCGUCGUCCUGUGAGGAUUCACACAGCUGCUUAUGAAAUCAUGAGUUGGUAAUUGGGGGGGGGGGGGGAACUGUAAAUGGUGAUGGAGGUAUUUUUUUUUGCACUGGCCCACUACGGUCAAAUAAAAUGGUUGUUUUUGUACUUAA